UAGGAAAUCUGGCCUUUUAUCUCGAGGACCUUGUUUCUUUUCCCUGUUGUCUCGCAAGUACAAAAGCCAGAUCCCUUAAAGCACAGACGACUUCUUCAUAUAGUGCAGACUUGCUAGAUAUAGAGGCAUUUUGAGGGAGAGAGUAAACAAGAGAAAUGGCAUCUGAGGCAGAAGACGAGCCAAUCUUCACGCCACCAAGGCUGCUGCUGAUGCCAAAACCACAUGCACAUAUACAGUCACCAGAGAGGUCAGGGACACUAACCCCGCCACUCCAAACUUCAGCCUCUGUCCCAUUUCGGUGGGAGGAAGAGCCUGGCAAACCCCGGGAGAGCACCGCCUUGGUCCCCAGGCCCAUUAACUUUCCACAAAAGUCCCUAGAGUUACCUCCGAGGCUGUUAAUAGACACCAACAUGACCAAACUACCUUCACCCACCACAGUCUUGGAGGGUCCUUACAUGGGCAAGUCAUCAAGAUUCCAGUCUUCUUCGUUCAGAAUAAUCAGAGCAAGGGAAUGUUAUGGGUCCUUUCGCAGUUGCAGUCCUGAGAAGGGCCAGCUUGGCACCAUAGUUCUUAGCAAGAAGCGAGUCAAAGAGAAAGGCAGGUUUCUGGGUUCCUGGAGUUGGGGAAGGAGGGGUUUGAAGGGUAAGAGAGAGUCUGGUGGGGGUAGUUAUGUCUUUCCAUCUUCAGUGGAUAGGGAACCUGCUGAUCAUUGCGUCAAUGAAGAGGAAGAGAUGAUCAGUAGCAGCGACAACGUCAAGAUGACAAGAUCAGGGAGUCUCUCUGCUGUCUCUAAUGCCAGGUCUCAAUUCUGGGCGAAUAUUUACGAGGGCUUGAAGCAGGUGGUGCCUUGGAGGAGUAAGGAGCUGAAGAAAGACCACGGGCUUCUGAUUUGACAUAUCUUGGGGUCACAACAGGAUAGAAAAAGUCCAAUUAAUUAUCUGUAAACCGCUAGGGGUGGUCCUAUAUUCUAUCGACCUUCGAUAUUUCUCUUUCAAUGAAAAUGACGUUUUUAUUGUGGCAUUUCCCAUCGCCCCACGCUUGUUCUCCUACUAUGCUGUCAUCUGCACCGGUUUUGGAAGGGCCUUCACCUGCAACCUUCAUCUGAUCAGUCAAAAGAAUUACAGGACCCUUUUGUGACGUGGUCGGAGAUGGCAGCAAUUUGAUGGUAUUGUCAAAUGCAUUGGCAGUGCAAGCUUCUCUUUUCUUUUUUGAUGAAUAGCAAUAAAUGCUUUUUGUAAAGGACUGAAAUGUUCUUUUGAUGGUUCGCUUAGAGAAAGCAACAGUCCUACAGGCAAGAAGUGUCCAAAGAAAAAAUGAAAUUACCGCUGCCAAUUA